AGACAACAUGCGGACCGAGACGGCAGCUACUGUUGCGCUCCUUGCACUGGCCUUGGUCGCUACGUGGGUCUCUUCACAAGACGUGCCGGCGUAUCCACCGCCAGACGUGUACAGCCUCCAUGUGGUGAGCCACGUGCGGAACCGGUACGCCAAGACUGUGGUGACCAGCAGGGUGGCCAACACUGCCAACGUGUCCAGAGAAAUCAGCUUCGACGCCGUCCUGCCGGAGACGGCCUUCAUAUCGGGAUUCGUCAUAGAGAUGGACGGCAAGGCGUACGAGGCGUACGUGAAGGGGAAGGAGGAGGCGCGCGAGGAGUACCAGCAGGCCGUGCAGGCCGGGCUGGGCGCCGCGCACGUGCAGCUCAGCACCAGGGACUCAAACGUGGUAUCUGUGUCGGUGAAUGUAGAGGCGCAGAAGAAGGUGACCUUCAACCUGACGUACGAGGAGCUGCUGCAGAGGGAGCUGGGCGCCUACCACCUGCGCAUCAACCUCAAUCCCGGACAGAUCGUAAACGACUUAUCUGUGGAGGUGCACAUCAACGAGACGAGUGACAUCACCCUCCUCGAAGUCCCCAUUCUGCAGCAAAGCAACGAGGUCUUAGACGAAGAGAAGAACUCUACUAACCCUCUGGCGCACAUGGAGAGGCCUUCGCUGACGACAGCCGAGGUGCGGUGGUCUCCCAGCAGGGAGGAGCAGGCGUCGCUGAGGGCGGAGGGCGUGCAGGGACAGCUGCUGGUGCGCUACGACGUCGACCACGCAGCCAGCCCCAACCAGAUACUCGUGACUGAUGACGGCUACUUCGUGCACUUCUACUCGCCGGCGGACCUCCCGCCGCUGCCCAAGUACGUCGUGUUCGUGCUGGACGUGAGUGGCUCGAUGGGCGGCCGCAAGAUAGAGCAGCUGAGGCAGGCCAUGGUCUCCAUCCUGGACGAGCUGCGCCCGCGAGACAACUUCACGCUCAUCACGUUCUCCUCUGAAUCGCAGGUGUGGCGGCCAGAUGCCGACGUGGCGGUCCCCUCCUCCUCGUCUGACCAGCACGUGUCCGGCGCAGGCAACGACACCGCCGCUGUGGUCGCCGCGACCCCUGAAAACGUCGUGCUCGCUAAGGACUACGUCACAUCUCUGAAGGCUGGGGGAGGUACGGCGAUGCACGACGCGCUGGAGACGGCGCUGCGGGUGUCACAGAAGGUGGCGGGGGCGGCGCAGCUGGUGCUGCUGACGGACGGACAGCCGAACGGGUCGCCGGACGACAUCGAGCGCGACUUCAGCGCCGCCAACGUGGAGAGGGGAGCGACGCUGUUUACGCUGGCGUUCGGCGAAGACGCGGACUUCGGGUUCCUGCGGAGGCUGGCCCUGCGCAACGGAGGCUUCGGCAGGCGCAUCUACGAGGCGGCGGACGCCCACCUGCAGCUGCGCAACUUCUACCGGCAGGUCGCGUCGCCACUCCUCUCCAGCGUCAACUUCACAUACGGGGAUGGACAGGUGGAGAAGGACUCCCUGACGCGGACCAGGUUCCCGACGCUGUUCCGCGGCAGCGAGCUGGUGGUGUCUGGUAGACUGCAGGCUGCAGCGCCACUGCUGGAGCCCGUGGUGGUGGGGGAGGGCCGGCAGCUGUUCAGGUCGCCGGCCAGGCUGGAGAAGGCCUCCUCUGGGGAGCGCCUCUGGGCCUUCCUCACCGUGCGCCAGCUGCUGGACAUGGACGCCGCCACACCCAACCAGACGAUCAAGGACAGGGCCAAGGAAAUCGCUCUCAAGUACUCCUUCGUGACUCCCGUGACAUCAUUGGUGGUGGUGAAGCCUAACGACACGUCUGCUGUGGACCUGGAACGUGCUGGAGGGAACCGAAGAGGAUACCCAGCGCGUUCAGCUCUCCGCCUUGGAUACUCUGCUUCACUGUAUGCUUUGAGGAGCGGCCCACGUACUCACCGACCUUCGCACCAACAGUAUAUUCCUCAAAUGUCUUCUUUGAGGAGCGUCCCACAUAAUUCCGGACCUUCGCAUCAUCGGCAUAUUCCUCAAAAACCGCAGAAGAGGCUGGAUAUCUCUGACAUCGCCUGGAUCGACAGCAUCAAAAACGUAUCACACGUCACACUGGAGGUGAAUGGAACUGCACAGUCCUAUGAACUGGCUGUCAACCAGACGGAGUUGCAGCUGCGUAAGUGCACAACCGCUGUAGGAGGUCCCGGACAGUGCCGCCAUCUCGCCAACUGCGUGCUGCCCAACUUCACUCAGAGCCUCGAUGACUUCCUGCCCUACUUCUGCGUGGUCGAUGACAGCUUCGUUGGAGUGUGCUGUCCAGAUGGGGCGCAGGACACCAGCCUCGGUGGGUGAAGGGGUGGCUGCUGCUCACAGCGCAGCGUUAGUCUGUCGCUGGGUCGCCUUUUGUACGGAUGCACCGUGAAUUUGCUUGCUCCUGUGAAGGGCACAGGAGUAAACGUUUUUCCUAUCCUGCGAAAUUCAACGAAAUAAAUGUUUGCUGCGA